CCCCGGAGCCGUCCCGAAUCGCGGGUGACUGCAGCGUGCGGGUCGGGCUGAGGGUGGCGGGAAGACAAACUUUUGCGAAAGUGCGCCUGGGCCGGAGCACCGCGCUCAGGGCGUGUGCGGAGGCUCGACGCGGGCUCCGCUGGGGGAAGCCCGCUGCGCCGGCCCGCUCGCCCCGGGCACCGUCGGAGCUUCGGGGAGGGAGCGCGUGGGUGAAGGACGGACAAAACCCUGCUGACCCCUUGGGCCAACAACUGUCAAACAUCUGGAAUCCAGCCCCUCCCUUCCCCUGCGCCGAGGAAGGUGAAAACCCCUCAACUUUCCUUUGAUUGUCCUCCCUGCCUUGGGACGCCUCUCGGAAUGGAAAAGGGCCGACCUCUGGUGCCUGGCACCCUUUAGAAAGAAACAUGAGGUUCUCUUGGAGACUAUUCAAGAGGAAGGUGGAAGGGGCCGCCUAAAAGAGAUUAAAAGCUGCGUACCGCAAGCCUGGGGCCAGAGGGCUGGCAGUGGAAAGCGCUGCUGGGUUGUGACCUCUCCCUGAGAAGUUCUAGGUGCCUUUUUGCUUCCUGCAAAAAAAGGGAAGAGAAGGAGAAGACCAUGUCCAUAGCCUUGAAGCAGGUGUUCAACAAGGACAAGACCUUCCGGCCCAAGAGGAAAUUUGAACCUGGCACACAGAGAUUUGAGCUCCACAAACGGGCUCAGGCAUCCCUCAAUUCAGGCGUGGAUCUGAAGGCUGCUGUGCAGCUGCCCAGUGGGGAGGACCAGAACGACUGGGUGGCGGUGCACGUGGUGGACUUCUUCAAUCGGAUCAACCUCAUCUAUGGCACCAUCUGUGAGUUCUGCACCGAGCAGACCUGCCCCGUGAUGUCGGGGGGCCCCAAAUAUGAGUAUCGGUGGCAGGAUGACCUCAAAUACAAGAAGCCAACUGCCCUCCCAGCUCCUCAGUACAUGAACCUUCUUAUGGAUUGGAUCGAGGUCCAGAUCAACAAUGAGGACAUAUUUCCAACCUGUGUGGGUGUUCCCUUCCCAAAGAACUUCCUUCAGAUCUGCAAGAAGAUCCUGUGCCGCCUUUUCCGCGUCUUCGUCCACGUCUACAUCCACCACUUUGACCGGGUCAUUGUGAUGGGUGCGGAGGCCCAUGUCAACACCUGCUACAAGCACUUCUAUUACUUCGUCACAGAGAUGAACCUCAUCGACCGCAAGGAGCUAGAGCCUUUGAAAGAGAUGACGAGCAGGAUGUGUCACUGACGCCCCACCUUAUCUUUGGAAGACAGAGGAAAGCUCUUUGCUCCUGGAGUGCUGAGCAGGGAGACCUCCCUGGCUGGCGUGGCACACCUACUUCCAGGAGCAGGAGAGGUGGAGACAACGGUGAUUCCUGAGAGACGUUCCCCACUCACCCCGUGUGCUCUUAACCCUCUGAGUGCUGCUAGCCACGACCUGUGGACCUGUCCGACCACAGCGUGCAAGAAGGACUGCCCCCUGGCCCCUUCUGGCUCUGAGUCACCCCGAGGAAGCCUCUGCACUUCCAUGCAUGUCGCAGCUCUGCCUGUGACCUGCCGCCUAAGCUUUACUGGAAUUCAGGUUUUGAGACUGAGACACUCGUACUUUUCCACUUCUGUCUUGUCAACUGGCCGACUUUUCUGUCACGUGUUUUCUAAGUACCGGGUGAAUUUUGGAACUCUAGAUGAGCAGCGAGCUUUUCUAUAACAAGCCUUCCUUUCAGACCUCUCGCCCUGAUCUGAUUCUGUGGUUUAACUUCACGCAGGGCGGUGUAACCACAAGAGAUCUGAGACCCACCCCGCAGCCUCAACACGUUUUUCCCUGAGAGGCAGGUUUUUUUCAGGGACCACUCCAUGACCCCAAACAAACCUUAACUACAGGGAGGAGACCGGUCGCGAGCAGAAAGCUGACGAGUUACCAGUUAACUCCAAACAGAAUGUGGUUUGUUUGUUUGUUUGUUUUUUUACAACCACACCAUUUCUUGUCUCUUCUAUUCAAGAUAUUUUCUUCCUGUUUCCCAGAAGAGAGGAAGAAAAAGAAACUGUAAACGACCAAGAAUGAUCAGCCGAACCCCUGAGCCAGAUUAGUACAACGUUUUUCUGGACCAAAGGGGAGGGAGUUGUGGCUGUCUCCACAUAAUACUAAAAUUUCAGUGGAAAAAAAAAAAAAACAGAAGUGCAAUUGGUUAUUUGGUGCACAUAACUCAGCCAGCUGGCUCGUUGGCUCGUAGCCUUCCCAGCUGGCCCUCUGAGCGCCUUCGUCCAGCCCCUGUUUUCUCUCUUCCUUUACACGCCCUGCCCCCCCCCACCCCAGCCGGAUUGUGCUAUGGCACAAAUUAAUUUCUGCCCCUAUGAUUGUGCCACCGUUGCCAAGGUAACAGUGGAACUGGAGCUAACUUUCUUCUUCCAUUCCUUCCCGGUUUUCCCAUUCCAGUCAACAAAAUAGCACAGCCUGUGCUACAUCCUGCCUUUUGAAACCGAAGUGAGUCUUAGUUGCAGAAACGUUGCCUUCUCUGCUUCAUCCACAAACCUGGUGGUGGUCCCGAGAGCCUGUAACGAAGGGGUGAUGAUACUCCCAGUGACCCUUUGAAUUUGACAAAGUAGCAAUUGGUGGAGGGAAGUAGAUAAGAAUGUAUUAGUGUAUUUUAAUGUAACAACGAUUAAAGAAUAACUAAACAA